CAAAAUAAAAAUGAAAAAAAUGAAGAGUGUCGGCUACAUAAUUCGAAUAUAUUAAUUAUAUCUUUGUCCAUAUAUAUUUAAGUUCAAAAACUCAAACAAGUGAAGUUGGUGGGUCAUCUUCAAAAACUUUCCAAAACAGCAUCAGUUUUGAGUUUUCUCUUCUCUGCAAUUUUGCAGCUCAAGAAUUUUCAAAACCCAAUUUAAAGAUACAAAUUUUAAGUGUUGAAAUACACUUUACUGUAUAAAAGAUUGUUGUUUUUAUUUGUUUUUCAGUGUUUUUGGAGUUGGGAUUUUUGGAUCUAAAAUUUUUGUCAUUUUGACUUUGUUGAAAUGAGAUGAGAAAUCGGUUUUGCUUUGAUUUAGAUUUUAAUUAGUUUUGGAGGAAGAAAAAAAAGGGAGAUUUUGUGAAAAAUGAGUUGGAAGAGUAAAGGAUUGGAGCCUAAUUCAAAGUCCGCGGUCACAAAAAAAUGGACUCUUUUGCUUUGCAUUGGCUGUUUCUGUGCUGGGAUGCUCUUUUCUGAUGGAAUGUGGACAGUGCCUGAGGCUGAGGAUAGAGCUGUAUCACGGGAAACGGGGGUUAACGAUGGAAGGCUAAAGUUAAUUUCAGAGGGUUGUGAUCCAAUAAGUAAGGAUGUGAAGCGUGAAUCUAAGGAUAUAAUAGGGGAAGUUUCAAAGACUCAUCAUGCCAUUCAAACACUAGAUAAAACAAUAUCAAAUUUGGAGAUGGAGUUAGCUGCUGCAAGGGCCAUGCAAGAAUCUAUAAUUAAUGGUUCUCCCAUUUCAGAUGACCUGAAAUUCCCUGAAUCGAGAGGGAAACGAAAAUAUUUAAUGGUUGUAGGCAUCAAUACCGCUUUUAGCAGCAGAAAACGAAGAGAUUCAGUUCGCGCUAGUUGGAUGCCUCAAGGGGAAGAAAGAAAGAAGCUUGAAGAAGAGAAGGGAAUCAUAAUGCGAUUUGUAAUUGGUCACAGUGCUACCUCAGGGGGUAUCCUUGAUAAAGCUAUUCAAGCAGAAGACAGAAGGCAUGGUGACAUUCUGAGGCUGGAGCAUGUUGAGGGUUACCUUGAAUUAUCAGCCAAGACAAAGGCAUACUUUGCCACUGCUGUUGCUUUGUGGGAUGCCGAUUACUAUGUCAAAGUUGAUGAUGAUGUGCAUGUAAAUAUAGCAACACUUGGAGCAACUUUGGCUAGACAUAGAUCCAAGCCCAGGGUUUAUAUUGGUUGCAUGAAAUCUGGUCCAGUUCUUGCUCAAAAGGGAGUAAGAUACCAUGAACCUGAAUAUUGGAAAUUCGGUGACGAGGGAAACAAGUAUUUCCGCCAUGCCACAGGGCAGCUAUAUGCCAUUUCUAAAGAUUUGGCUUCCUACAUAUCGAUUAACCAGCAUGUGCUGCAUAAGUAUGCCAAUGAAGAUGUUUCAUUGGGAUCAUGGUUCAUUGGGUUGGACGUUGAGCAUAUAGAUGACCGCAGACUGUGCUGUGGUACUGCAGAUUGCGAGUGGAAGGCUCAAGCAGGCAACAUCUGUGUUGCUUCAUUUGACUGGACCUGCAGCGGGAUUUGCAAGUCAGUUGAGAGGAUGAAAGAGGUUCACUGGCGGUGUGGAGAAGGCAAGAAUGCUUUAUGGAAUGCAGCUUUCUGAGAAAGUCCAGUUCCUCCAAACUCGGGGAAACAAGUAAAUGGAUUGAGCUUCUAUUUGGCCUUUUAGUAAUCAGAAAUGUCUCAGCAGCUGUCAAAAUGUAAAAUGUAGAAACAGGGUUGGGGUUGGGGAAAGAGGAGUUCAGGCUGCUGGGUUGUCUGCUCCAUUUUAUAUAUGGAGAAAGGCCCGUUAGCAGUGAACCGGAACUUAGCUCAGUUGGUUCAUCCAAUUGUCUUUAAGAAGUUGCACAUAACAAGUCUAGAGUUCAGAUUCCAACACCUAUAACUACAUUCCUUAUUUCUCGGUUGGGGCUUCCUAUAUACAAAAAAAAAAAAAAAUAGCAGUUAUAAGAGAGGAAAUAGUUUGUAAUUAACCAUUCUUUAUUUGCUUCUGGGGGGUGUUUUGUAAGUGUGAAUGGCAAUUCCAAAUAAGCGCCAAUAUUUAGGCUAGCAUUUACUGCCAUCUGAUUUACGAGUUAGUGGCUUUUUCAUUCCACUUUUGACUGGUGUUCCCUCUUUCCAUUAUUGUGGGUGAAAAUGGUGAUGAAUAUUUCUCUUUUGAUGAUUUCUUUUCUUCAUGUUAAAGCAUCACCAUCACUCACACUUGAAGCUUAGCUUAAUUGGAAGCUUAGCUUAAUUGGUUCAUACGUUCAUUUUUAAAA